AUGACUCAAAAAAAAUUCCAAGAAAGUCGUCGGAAGGAUUCCGUAAAAAACACCGGAACUCCAAGAAAGUUGUCGGAAGAUCUGGCCAGAAAAACUCCGAAUAAGUCGCCAGAAGAACUCCGUGAAAGUCAAAGAGCUCUACGAAAGUCGUCAAAGAUACACCUCAAUAAUGCUGAAGAAACAAAACAAAAGUAG